CUUCUUGUACCGUGAGCGUUUCGGAACAGCAGCAAAGAACAGAUGGAGGGACUUUGAAGUAUUUCUAUUCGCCUAUCUCCUAACAUCAAAACACACCGUUCCCUGGCUGCUGUAUGCUAGCGGAAGCCUCAGACUUUUGCUUUCACUUCCUCUGCGUGGACCAAGUUUGGAGAAGAAACUUUUUGUCACCAUGGCUGCUGCGUCGCCUGAAGGCAGCUUACGGGAGGACCUGACGUGUGUCAUAUGUUGUGACCUGUUCCGAGAGCCUGUCAUGUUGGCCUGCAUGCACCACUUCUGCAAACCCUGCAUCACAAGGUACUGGAGAGGGACUCUGAGCCCUGUGACCUGCCCACAGUGCCGCAAGGAAUUCAGUACCAAGCAGUUUCAAACCAACUACCUUGUGGCUGCUGUGGUGGAGAAGGUCAGGGCCAGCACCUCCGACACUCAGAACCUAGAGAAAAAAGUAAAGGAGGCUUUGGAGAGUCACCGCCGGAGGAAGGAGGACAUCAUCAACAUUAUUCGCAGAGACAAAGACAAAAUGGAUACCAUAAAGAGAGUCACCGCAGAUCUUCAGACUCGAGUCUGUGGGGAGUUCAGAGCUCUCCGUCAAAUCUUGGAUGAUGAGGAGACCUCUGCACUGGAGCAGCUAAAGAGAGAACAGGAUGAGGAAUUGAUGAAAGUCCAGCAGCACCUGGAGCCAGUUGAACAGGCCCUGAGUGAACUGGAGGAGAAUAUCAGGGCACUGGAACAGGCCAGCGCUGCCACAGAGAAAACCAUACUGACUGAGCUCCCACAGCUAAGCAGACCAUAUGCACCGAUGGAUUUUGCCCCAGAGUUUGAUACAAAUGCUUUCAGCAUCAAAUACAUGGCCCCGUUACAGUACAUAAUAUGGAGAAAGAUGUUCAAGUCUUUAAAACCAGGUCCCACGCCAUUAACUUUUGAUAUCAACACAGCGCACCCAAGCAUUAGCCUGUCUGCAGACCAAACCAUGGCUGUCGAGUAUGAUGCAGGAGUCAAACACAAGUCUAACAACAACAAGCGCUUCCUCCAGUGCGUCAAUGUUCUGGCUUCCCAAGGCUUCCAUUUGGGGAAGCAUUACUGGGAGGUUGAGUUGGGGUCCAAACCCAAGUGGGACCUGGGCGUGGCUGCGGAGACCGUGGACAGGCACGCUCGUAUCAAGCUAAGCCCAGAGAACGGUUACUGGACGAUCCGGCUACGGAACGGAAACCAGUACUCGGCGGGCACCCAGCCGCCGUCGAUGUUACGCCUGGUCUCCUCCCCUCAGAGGGUCGGGGUCUUCCUGGAGUGUGAGGAGCGACGAGUGUCCUUCUACAACGCUGAUGAUAUGACUCUGAUCUACCAGUUCACCAACGGGCCCAGAGGCAAGGUUUUCCCUUUCUUCAGUCCGUGCAUAAGUGACGGUGACCAGAAGCCUCACCCUAUCAAGCUCCUCCAUCACCCCCCCGUCCCUUUGUCUGGCUAACACUAGCAUAAUCAAUGAAAGCUUCUCAGUAUGUAGGGGAUGGACAUUCACAUAUUGACCAAAGACUGUUCCCACUCAGCUGCUGCGAGACACAAGUGCCAUUAUUUGAGUUAUGGCUCCAUAGAGCAGUCUUGAUAAGAGAAUUAAUUUUCAGACUUUUCUGUUAAGAACUCUUUCUCUCCUCUAUGGUUUUAUGAUUUAAUAUCGCCCAAUGCAUCCAUUAUUUGUCAAAAGAACCUCAAAAGCCUUGAAAUGUAAUAGAAAAGUUGUCAUUGUUCCGCAUCUAAAAAUCCAUUCACCUGUAAUCUUCCAGAAGAGGCUCAUUCAGUUUGCAUUUUGGUAUGAAAGCAUUAAAAAAAACAAUAUAUUCUAUCCUUUUGUGUUGGAUUUAGUCAAGUUCAUAUUAGGAGCUGCACAUUAUUCAACCAAGUAUGUUUUACACUAGUAGAGUUAACUUUUCAAAUGACACUAUGAAUUAGACCAAUCAACAAAAAUAACCUGUGAUCCUCUUCUGUGAUUAGUAUUUGUUGGUUGUUUAGUGGUUCUUCAUGUUUUUACAGAUUUUUUAAAAUAGUGCUCUUCAUCUUCAUGGUUUGUGUUUUCUGAAUAUAGCUGAUUGCCAAUUCCAAGGUCCACCUUUCAGCACCGUCUCAUCAUUUCACUUCAUUUCUACCUUCGUUGUAUGAAGUCAGCCUCCACCGAUUUGUCUUUAUUGUAAAAAGUUGUAAACUCAUGCCUUUAUGUUCAGAUUUAAACACACUGGCUGUAAAUGUCCACUCAGUUACUGUACAUUAUGUCAUGGCUAAUGUGGUAAAUCAUCUGUUCUGUCUUAAAUAAACAUCAAAUCUGUGAUUGUUUCUGCA